UUAUUAUAUAAUAAUUAUAAUUAUGGAAAUAAAUUCUUUGUUAUUGUAGGCAACUAUGGAUAGGGAAAAGUUAGGGGACAUCUUGUUGGCAUUGAAUUCACAUGAGAGUGAAGUGAAGGAAUUGAAGCAGGAAAUUGCAUCUCUUAGACAUGGUGUUUCCCAGCUUCGUUUGUCUGAGGUUAGAGAAGGAGAAUAGGACAAUUCUUUUGAAGUUUUUUUGGAGAAGGCAUCUUUGGUAAUGAGUGAAUGUAACAUUGUGAGUGAGAAAUUGAGUAAAUUGGAUGGUGCAAAUGUAGAUAUGGUGGAGGUGGGUCGUUUGGAAGAUAAAUUUAGUGUAGGAACACCGUCAAUGAAUUUGGGAAAGGUUGAGUUAUCUAAAUCCAAAACAUUACAAGUGGAAUUGGAGUUGCGAAAACUUGAUCCCGUUGAUGGGGGGGUUAAAAAUGUUCAACUUGAGUCGGAGGAGGUUCGUUUGGUUGACUUAAAUGAGAUAAGCGAAGUUGAUAAGUUGCCUAGUGUGCUUGGUUGCGAUGAGUUGGGUGUAGAAAUUGGAGAGGGGCCUUCCAAUAUUGGUACUUUUACUCUAGAAAUGAAUGAUUUAGAGGUUGAUGGUGUUGAUGGUAAUAGUUUGAAUGAUAAGAUUUUAUUUGAUCUUGAAGUGGGUAGGGAGAAGAAGAGUGGUGUAUCUAAUCAUAGUGAGAAAGUGUGGUCUAGUUGUGUAGAAGGGAAUGAUUUAUGUAUGGAACUGGAAAAAUUUACAGAUAUUGUUAGUGAGAGCAAACAUUGUGAUAGGAUUUCAUUGUCAACGACUGAAGAAAAAAUAAAAUGGCACUUUGAGGAUGAAAGGAAAUUGGUUUUGAAAUUUGGAGGUAGUGGUUUUGAUUGUGAUAUGUAUGACAUUGAAGAUAGCGAAGUUGAUAAAAUUGUUGGGAAGUAUACUUUGGAUCGUUGUUGCGUUAGUGGAGACCUCUUAAGCCGAACAAAGUGGUUAAAUUUGGAGUUGUUGAACGAUUCUGAGGAAAAGUUGUUGAACUAUGUGAUGGACUCGAAAUUAACUCCGGAGUAA